AUGUCCACAGUGUUUAGGGAGACUAGCUCCAGUGGGAAGCUUUCCCUGUCAGGGAAAUGAGGCUUCGUGGAUGAUUUGGACAUGAUGGAGCCCAUUGAUGGAGCAAUCCUUGUUGACCCCGAGUACUUAAAAGGUUGAAAGAUGUUUGUCAUGUUGACAUGUGCUUUUUACUAUGGCUGUGAUGACUUGGAUGUGAUUGGUCUGAUACGCGAAGAUCUCUAUGUACAGGCCAAGCAAGUGGCUCCAGCUGAAUCAAGCAGCACCCAGGGCCCCCUCACAGCCUUACAGCUUCUGCACAAACUUGGGCCUUUCACACUCCAGAUGGUUGCUACCCUGCCCUAUUCGGUGACACCACCUAGGCCUGAAAAUUCAGGAAAGCUGUGUGGGGUGGACUUUGAAGUGAAGAAUUUCUUUGCAGAAAAUCUGAAUGAGAAAAUCCCUAAGAGCGCGCCCCGCCCCAUUCGCAGCUUCUUCUCAUCAGCUCAACCCCAACAACUCUGGAUGGACAGGGAGGUUCACUAUGGAGAAGCUAUUUCUGUUGUUUCUAUCAACAACUGUACCAACAAGGUCAUCUAAAGAAUCAAGAUUGCAGGGUCACGGACCUUGGCAGUAACUCCACUCCUGGCUGCCUACUACCAGAAACAGGGCCUGGCACUGGAUGGCAAACUCAAGCUCGAAGGCACCAAUCUGGCCUCUAGUACAAUUUUUCAACCUGGAAUGAACAAGGAGAUGGUAUCCUACAAAGUUAGAGUCAACCUGCUGGUGUCCUAUGUUGGGGUGUGUGUGAAGAUUUCCAGUUGGUCUAGGCAGGGGUAGAUAGGAUGUCUAGGUUUUCAGGGGACAUAUAGGUGAGGGGAGACCCAGAAAAAAAAGGAGGGAGAAGAGCAAAGAAAUUUCCUCACGGGACUGCAGAGCCAUUUUGUGUCCCUCUCCAUCCUUGCAAGGUGGUUACCAGGUAAGUCAGUAUGAGGCUUGGAAGCCUAUCCCACCCCCUUGCCUACUGCUGUUUUAUGAUGGAAUUUUUAAAAGCUUCCUCUAAGUGUCGCUUUCAAGACUGAACCGGAAGCAUGGUCUAGCUUCACGUCACAGCCUGGUGCUUUCUACAGCCCUGUUUUCUGUCUCCCUGCCUGUCAGCCGGUGAUCUUCUUGGAAUUGUUUUUCCCCUCAUCCCUUCCAUUCUCUUCUUUCCCUUCAAAAACCCAUUCUGCUGUUUUCUUUAUAAUCCCAUACCCACUGGCAAAACUGGGCUGGUUGCCCCUUCUCUAUUUUAA